AUGGCGUCCAUGGUCGACGAUUUCGCUGCGACGACGACGAUUGGAGAACGAGUCGCUGCCCCGACGCAGCACGCCGUUCGUGUAGCCAACACCGGACCCCAAGCACCGCUCUUUGGCGUGUCUCCCAAGCUCGAAGUAGGUCGUAUCAUCCCUGUCCAGCGCGUCCAACACCUCGUGUGAUGCUCGUCGACCGCAUUCGGCGAUCUCACCAACGCCUACUAGGCGCUUGUCGUGGCCCGACCCCCACCUCGAGCAGUCAGACCGCGCACACCACCGCUCAGCCGUUCCUGCGAACACGCCAGGAGCAUUCACUAAUAACUCGAAAUCAUCCGAUGGCAAUCCACAGCCCUUUUGUCUGCUCGCCAAGUCAGCCCGUGGAGCAGGUGCAGCCGCGCUCGUGGCCCAGGCGACCGCAGCCCCCAGCGUGUACGUCUUUGGCGAGCUGUUGGCCAUGCCGAGCAUACAAGAUGUGAGUCUUGUCAAUCCGAUCACGCCACAACUGAAUCUAGCUGAUCUUUGGGGAGGUUGGCUCCUCGAUUCCAGCUCGCGACGAGCGAGGGCCACGCUUCCAGUCUCGAAUUGCUCAAGAUCUUUGCCUAUGGCACUUGGUCCGACUACCAACGUAAGGCCCAAUACUGCCUUAGGUCACUCACAAGCCUCCGCUCAUCCUCUCCGAUUGACCUUGGGCAGAGAACCGCUCGAGUCUGCCCGAACUCGGUCCGGUUCAGGAGGUCAAGCUGAGGCACCUCACCAUCGUCUCCUUGGCCAUGCAAGCUAGGGUCAGUCCAAAUCUCGAUCCUACACUGGACAAAAGAAACUGAACGAUACAUACCGAGUGACAGGUCAUCGCCUACUCGACCUUGCUCUCCACGCUCGAGCUCGACUCGAUCCCCAAGCUCGAAGAUUUGCUCAUCGAAGGCAUCUACGCCGGCGUCUUCGACGGUCGACUCGAUCAACAUCGCGCCAGGAUCGAGAUCACCUCUUCGAUAGGUCGAGAUGUUCGUUCGGACCCAAUCACCGAACCCGUCAAAGCGGCCAGCGAUACUCAACUUUCGGCUUCGGCCCCGACCCCGACCCCGACGACCGAGAUGGAAGUUGACCCUUCCGCUGCUGGCCCCACACCUUCUACUCGAAUCGACACGACCUCUCUCCUUCUCGAAUCAUCGCAUUCGAUUGCCUCGAUGACGAAUUCACUCUCGUCUUGGCUGGUGAUGAUUUCGAGUCUGCUCACCUCGCUCGAUCAUCAUUUGGCGCGAUUGACCGCCGAUGGGAUCAACGAUUUACGCGCGCAACAUGAGCACGACAAGGCCGUGCAAAAGGUUAUCGAUGAGAAUGGUAAGGAUUCAACAACGAUGAAUACCGCUGGAACGGUCGGUAAGGGGAAGGAGAGGGAGAGGAGAAGCGGUGCAGGAGUGCUGGGAUCGCACGUACACUCCUCGGACCCAAGUGGGGGUGGCGCCUCGUCUGGUGCUGGAACGAGGGGGGGUGGGGCAGCUUCCUUGGUCAGUGCUGGUGCCGUCGGUCGUGGUGAAGGAGAUGGGGAGCUUGUGGGGGAUAUGGAUAUCGAUAGUACGGGACCUGAUGCGUUCGGUUCAUUGACGAGGAACGCUAAAAAUUUGGCGGGGAGGUUGAGAAAGAGGGGGAGGACUUGA